AACAUAAACGGUAACUAUUUAACUGUCUUUUGACAUAUUGGACAUCUGACCACUGCAAGACAAGUUUCUGUCAAACAAAAUGACUUCUUACACAGACAAAGGAGAAAAGCACCAAAGAGGCCGCUUUAUAAGUUUUCAUCAUCUUUCUUUUUGGGUUGGAAAUGCCAAACAGGCUGCAUCAUACUACUGUGAUAAGUUUGGAUUUGAACCUUAUGCCUACAAAGGUCUUGAGACUGGCAGUCGUGAAGUGGUAUCCCAUGCUAUUAAGCAGAACAAGAUUAUUUUUGUCUUUCAAUCUCCACUGAACCCUGGUAAUGAAGAGAUGGGACAACACAUGAUCAAACAUGGAGAUGGUGUAAAGGAUGUAGCUUUCCAAGUUGAAGAUUGCGACUUCUUAUUUCAGAAAGCAAAAGAACGUGGUGCUGUGAUUGUUAAAGAACCUUGGACUGAAGAGGAUGAAGGUGGCAGAGUAAAAUAUGCAGUUCUGCAAACUUAUGGCGAUACUACACAUACACUGGUUGAAUACCUGGGGCCAUAUCGAGGUAUCUUCCUCCCAGGUUUUAAAGAACCAAUGUUUAGAGAUCCACUGUUAUCUACACUACCUCCAGGUGGCCUAAAUUUCAUUGACCACAUAGUGGGAAAUCAGCCAGAUGAUGACAUGGUGCCUAUAGCAGAUUGGUAUCAAAGGUGUCUGCUGUUCCACAGAUUCUGGUCUGUAGAUGACAAGCAGGUUCAUACAGAGUACAGUGCGUUACGCUCCAUUGUAGUAACAAACUACGAGGAAACAAUCAAAAUGCCAAUAAAUGAGCCAGCCCCUGGGAAAAAAAAGUCUCAGAUUCAGGAAUAUGUGGACUAUUAUGGUGGCGCUGGAGUACAACACAUAGCACUUAACACUUCCGACAUCAUCAAAGCAGUGAAACAUUUAAAAUCCCGUGGCGUAGAGUUUCUUUCUACCCCAGACACAUAUUAUGAACAGCUGAGGAAAAACCUUAAAACUGCCAAGAUCACUGUGAAGGAAGAUAUUAGUGUGUUACAAGAAUUGAAAAUCCUGGUUGAUUAUGAUGAUAUGGGAUACCUUCUCCAGAUCUUCACAAAGCCAGUGCAGGACAGACCUACACUAUUCCUUGAAGUUAUACAGAGAUACAACCAUUUUGGUUUUGGAGCUGGAAACUUCAAGUCAUUGUUUGAAGCUAUUGAAAAUGAUCAAGAUGCCAGGGGAAAUCUAACAGUCUAUACGGACAAUGGAGAUCGUCGAGCCUUUUACUGAAAAUACAGUCAUCUAAGUGGAGAUGAAUGAGUCAAGAUGCAGUGCCCUGGAACAACACUUGGCCAAAGGGGAAAGGAUUGGUCUGCUUGAACAGACAUAGUUAAUCACUGCAAACAGACUGUAUAUUUCUUCUGGUUAUUAAGUGAAAAGAUUAACAACUGAAUUUAAAUAUAUGAAUAAAAAAAUAUAUAGUU